AAGGCACAGCAUACACAUCCGGGCCUAGGAUAUUGGUAUGGCUUGGUGUUUCUUUAGCAGUUGGGCAGCUUAUCUGUUCAGUGGUGACCUAAUUGUUCGAGCUGCUGGUGUGUCUGGUGCAUUGGCUGUAGCUCUUGGUGCCUUAGGAGAGCAUGUUUUGAAACACCACGAAAAGAAAGACUUCUAUCAGGCCUUUCAAACUGCCAACCGCUAUCAUUACUAUCACACUCUAGCUCUGAUGUGCGCCUCACUUGUUGCUCGACCUCACUUGUUUGCUGGGUUGAUGAUUUCUGGCAUGCUUUUAUUCAGUGGCAGCUGCUAUCUUUAUGCACUAACGCAGAACAAAGCUGUUGUGAAGAUAACACCAUGGGGUGGAAUUCUACUAAUUUUGGGUUGGCUAUCAGUAGCUUUACCAUGAUCAAAUUGACAUGUUUGGAAUUUGACAGACUGAAUGUACAUCAGAAAUGUGCAAAUUUGGAAUCAUUCAUAUA